GAAUAAUGGAAUAGAAGAGGUAAACAAAAAAAGAAAGACAGACAGACAGACAGACAGAGAAGAAAACACAGAUAGACAAAACCAUCCAUCAGCGACAGCAAGCGAUAUCCUCUGUUUUUAAAAUUUCUUUUUGCCUUUUCCUUCACUUUCCUUCCCUUUCAUGGAAAAUUCACCCACCAUUUCCAUGCUCCCACAACAACCUCCACCAUUACCUUCACCUUCGCAAAGCGUCGAUUUUGCCCCGCUCGAAUUCGUUCUGGCUUUCAUCGCCAUCAUCGCAAUCCCAGUCCUGAUCUACACCUUCGUCUUAUCAAUCAAGUGCUCCCCUUCCUCGUCCAAUCGGAGCUCCGCCGACGACGCUCCCAGCCGUAGCUCCGGAGACAGUAGGGAGAUGAUCUCAGUGGUCAAGUAUCAGAAAGAGAAGCACGUGACCGGCGAGUGCCCGGUGUGUCUGUCGGCGUUCACGGAAGAUGAUGACGUGAAGCAACUGAGCGCGUGCAAACACGCGUUUCACACUUCCUGCAUCGAUCUAUGGCUCAGUUCGCACUCCAAUUGUCCGGUAUGCAGGGCUACUAUUGCCGUUAAGCGUCCUAGUACGACGUCGUCCGGGGUGAGAGACGCCGAUCUUCAGCAAGGCUUGCCUGAUGCUACCAGCUUGGUUUGACUACUUUCAUCUUCCAAUUCAAAAUCUUGUCUUGCAAUUGAUGGUAGAUCAAGCUAUGGUAGUGAAUCCUGAGCUCAGAAUACAAAUACAGAUCGUGUAAAAUUAGGAAGAAGAUAAGUAAUUGUCGGUGCCCCUACACUAGUACUACUGCAGAGUUUCUAAAUCGAACAUCCAAUUGUAAGACUCUUUUUUUGGUCCCAUUGUUUGUUAUAUCUGAAUUAAUUCUCAUUGAAGAUAAAGAGAAAUAUCAUGCACGAAACUCUUGAUAUUAACUUGUAAGCGGCUUCUUUGAGUAUUAAUCUUCAAUCUUGAA